AGCACUCAUUAUCCAAGACAACGGUAUGUAAUAUUGCUCGUACGUAAUGAUGACGUACUCUGGUGAUCAGUGUGAAAGGAGUAAGAAGCGUGUAUGUGUAUGUUUAAGAGGGUGUAUGUGUGGGUAUACAGUUCACAUCUGCAUUUAUCAAAGAAGAAAAAGAAAAGUGAUAGAUGGGAUAAACCGGCCGUCUAAAGACCACUGUUUUUGGCAAUGACAAUAACGUUUCCCCUCUUAUGCCGAUGUCUAGGAGAGAACACCGAG